AUCUUCAUAUUGUAUAGAGAGCAGCUUCGGGGUCACCCAAUUUCCAGUAACCUCUAAGCCACCAUCGCCUGGGAGGAACAGCAUCAACAGAGUUUUUUCUUCAUACGAACAAAGAACAUGAGAGCCUGGAUCUCGAAAACAUUUCCGUAGAAGAAAAAUCUGGCUCAUUUCUGCUGAAUCUGGCUGUGCUUCAGGCGGUUUGGGUGUUUUUCUUUCCCUCUAAUCAAGAAUCAUUGACCAAAUGUCACUGAACACAGAGGGAGACUAGUGUUGAGAAUCGGGUUUCCAGUCACUCAUUCGUUCCAAGUCUAGCAGUUACAGCGUCGGAUUGGCACUGUAGUUUUUUCCGAAAGAAAACUAUUUUACUCUUCUUUUUCUCACUUUCCCCCUCCUACAAAUGUGGUACUUCGAGCUCUGAAGGGACAGUGACGCGUUGGUGACAGUUACCAGUGCCUAACACACUUGCACGGUGUAAGAUGAAUUUCUGAGGGCUGAGAUUAAAAACAUGGAAUGAACCGAGGAAGUCAUGGCGAAAUCCUGUGAGCCUUCUAAAAGAAAGGAGACAAUAGGAUAUCGGUCCAACUUCAUUGCCAUAACCUCUAAGUAGGUUCUUUUCUUCGUGGAGAAUAUUCUAAAACUGAAUUUCUAGCGAAAGACGAAAGACAAAGGACGAAGGAGACACGUUCUUUAUAAACGAAAAAAGUAUCCUAGUACUUUCAGCCAGCGUUAAGAACAAGCCGGUGAACGAUAAACACCCACGCUCUUGUUUACCCUGUGACAUAGUUUCACGAGGACUUGGGUUAUUUUGGGCUGCCCUGAGUUUCCUUAGUUGUUCCGAUUUUUUUUCCCAUUUCUUUCGCCAAGCGAAAAUUGACUUCGAGGGGGGGAAAAGGAGAGCGUUUUUCCUGUCAGCUUUUCCCCCAAUACUUUAAUGUGAUAAAAGAAUCUACAAGCUCGUUUUUUUUAAAGAUCAUGUAUAACUGAAAGACGAAGAAUAAAAUGCGAAAUAAAGAUUAGAAGUAGAUGUCCUUUUUCAAGUCUAUUCAACUGUUAUAAGUCGUGUUAUGCCAACAAUCUAUGUGCACGUAACAAACUAAAAAUUAGACUCAUUUCGCGCCACCAAACCAUCCCCUGCCCUCGAAAUAUUAAGUCUGAUAUCUCAAAGUACAUAAUAACGGUUUCCCAAAACAUUUUUGUUGACUCAAGUGAUCUCGGUGGCAAUCAAAUUAUCAGUCGCAAACGGAACGACAGAUUUAGCAUAAUAUGAUGAUUACCUCCACAUCCUUCAUAAAUGUCUGUGUCUGCUCAGACGACCAGAUGUGUCGCUACUUCUAAAACUCAAGUAGGUCAACUCAGGCUGCAAUCGAGCACCUCCAGGCCUCAACUUCGGGGAUGGUGCUCUUGGGUAGGAUUAAGGAAUUCUGGGAACAAGAAGAAAUCGUAAUGAUGUUUGUGCCGCCACAGGGCAAGACAACUAAUGGCUCACUGUCUCCCGUCCAGUUGACUUAUCAAUUGGUCUCAGCGGCGACUACGGCCGCAGCUGCCGCCAGCACCUCCGCCAUCAACAACAACGACAACCACAACGGCAACAGCAACAACUACAACAACAACAGCCCCCUUGCGAUCUUAUCCGGCGCUGCAGCGGCAGCGACCACUACCUCAACAACCACGACGAUCGCAGUCGCUGCGGCGGCGACCUUGACCACGAUGACGACGAUGACAAUGACGACAAAUGUCACAGACACGUGCGCUAACUGCACUCAACUGGAAGAGGACAUUAUCUGGCAACCCCACGUGAUCCAGAGGGUGGCUACAAUCGUUUUCAGCAUGGUUUUAGCACUCAUUGGAAACACAGCCAUUAUCCUGAUGCUCACGUGCACUAGGUAUCGUAAGAGGAACAGUCGUGUGAACAUCUUCAUAAUUCACCUGGCUAUAGGCGACCUGACUGUAUGUGUGUGUACGAUGACCACGGAGAUCCUGUUCGUGGCCUUUGGCCAGUGGGUGCUGGGCCCUGCUCUCUGCAAGAUCUUGCCUUACCUCCAGGCCAUCACUUUAGCGAGUACAACCUUCAUCCUGACAUCCAUGAGUUUUGACAGGUAUAUGGCCAUCUGCAAACCGCUCAAGUACCGUGCCACCACCACGAGGGCCAAGAAAUUCAUCGCUAUCUCGUGGAUCAUGGCUUUUGUACUAGCCAUACCGCAGCUGCUAAUUUUUGUACAGACCCAGGAAAAUAAAGAUGGCCGCCUCCUCUACGUCUGCAAAACCACGGGCUACACGGCGUUGUGGCAACGCAUGCUCUACCUGUCUUUCUUCACCGCCUACAUCCUCGUCAUCCCUGUCAUCCUCAUCUCCUUCUGUUACGUCAGCAUCGUGCUCGUGGUUUCAAAAGCCAGCAAAGUGGUGCAAACUUCUCAGAACAACAACCAUUCGCUACGACGUUCGAGUUUUGGCAGGAGCAAAUCCACCUUCCCCCGCGCCAAAAUUCGCACCGUCUGGUUGACAUUCGCUAUCAUAGCCACGUUCAUCAUUUGCUACACGCCGUAUUUCGUGACUACUUUAAUCCGGGUCUACAGCAAUUAUAAAAUUCACGUGCCUGAGUCGGUGAUGGCUCUGGUGGAGACGAUUACCUUCAUCCAAAGCGCUUCCAACCCUCUCAUCUACGGCUGUUUCAAUGUGAAAAUAAAGCGAGGCCUUGUGGAACUCUUUUGCCCUUACGCCGAGCAGCCGAUCCGGCGCUCUCCGAGCUACAGGUCUCCAGGAUUGUGCAUGUCCAUGUCGGAAGGCCGUGCUCACCCUCGGGCUCAAUACGAGAUGAAACUCUGUGCCAACGUCCGCCUGCGAGACCCUGCUUCCAACAAUCUAUCGCACUCGAGUAGCGGGAACUCUCGAGAUGAUCGUCUGCUGGGGCGAGGAUCGAGCGCCAUCACGGUUACGGAAGAAAAUAAAAACGGAGUGCGCCUGCGCGUACGUUUUGCGACGAACAGGGACCAUUGCAAGUGUCUGUCCACCGACGGUAUCGACUCGUGCCACGCUGAAAUGCUCAAUCCGUUUGACAUGCUACACCAGGGCCACGGGAGCCAGAAAUUUCCUGUUCUAAGGCAUCACUCUUUGCAGCAGCUGUACAAGUGAUCGUUCAGAGGCUGAAAUAGAUUCUUGUGUUCAUCGAACAGAAUCGGGGUAGACGUGCGUCCAAUUUUGCCACACUCACAAUAAUACAUACAUGUACACAUUUGCAAUGGCCGUAUGUACUGGGUGCAUUUGUCCGGGGCCGAUGCCAGUUUAGCACUAGCCGAACUGAUUUAUGCGGAACCAGCAUAAUGUGUAUUUACCUGGGUUCUGCAGAACCCACUUACCGUUAGAAGUGGAUGAUGUUAUAUUUUUAUCGAUAGUGUGGAACAGAAAAAUAACACAAAAUCAUAACAUUUCACACUGAAAAAAUAGCGACGGAUUGUUUUGGUCUCAAUUAUAGUUAUAAUAUUAUGCAGGAGACUCCUGAAGCACUUGAAUCGUUCUUCCUUUCAACAAAGGAGUGUUAAAUAAACGCGUAUACCUCUUACCUCUAUCUAUUAUUCGAUAUUAUACGGCAACAGUAUUACUACGACGGCGAAGGGUACGUCUAGGGGCCCAUAGAGCAAGUGAAUCCGAAAAGCAUUUAGUUAAAACAACAUCAGCGGUCUAUUCUUGCUGAACAACGUUUGGAGAGUAUACACUGACCCGUCCGGGUGUCUGCACUGAGUCUGUCAUCUUGACCCGACGACACCAGCGUCCGUGGUGUUAUGGUCAGGCUCCUCACUGCUGCACGUGAAAGAUGUCAGUUUGAUUCUCAUGUGAGGAAGUCUGUUUUAUUGGGUUUCUCCGUCUUUCUGUAAGGAUGCUGUAUCCCACUAUGAAAGGGUUGACCAGGCAGAGAAAGAAUAGUUCAGUGGUGGAGUAAAAGACCUACACCCAGUUUCCCAAAUAAUAAGGAUACAAAAUUAAAUAUGGAUAAGUGCCUGCUCCACUUGGCCACCCACGAGAACACUGCCAACCUUCGAGAUUGCUGUGGUGCAGGGAUCCAAGGAACAGAGUAGAGGCUUUGGAAAGGCCCAUGUUUGCCUAAACAUUAUUACGUGCUAUGUGUUUGAACCAUUAAAUUAUUGUGUAUAGGCAAGAUUGCUGCCUCAGCUGGAGAGUUGGGCGCUAAAAUAUCCAGCCUAACCUACAGCUACUCGAAGUAUUUCUGCCGUUGAUGCUCGCACUCUGGAUACUUCCAAAGUAGUAGAGAUUGUUUCAGAAUGCUCUCCGGUCCGCUUGGGUCAUGAUAUAGAUUGUAAAGCGCAAAAAGCAUGCUGUUGAGCGGGGAUUUGCGCUACACAAAUUCUAUAAUUUAUUCAUUUUAGUAUAUUCAAUGUCAUGUGCAUACACGCCCAACACUGACAAUAUCAUACAUAUUUGAUUGAAGCUGUUGAUGAUAGACCAACAAUAAUCGAUAAUAAAAUAUGUCGACUUAUCAACAAUAAAGCGAAUGCCUUAAUUUUGCUUCGCUCAUAUUCUCGACACAACGGUGCAAAAAGAGUCACUACUGCACAGAAGUAAGAAAAGCGGUAUUGGAUGGAUUUCUACCUACAUUGUCCACUUACACCAAUAAUAUUAUGUUCCCGAGAACAAAUAGAUAUAUUCGAAUUCUGCUCAAUGCAUUACGGGAUAUAUACAAAACAUUUCCAGCAACGAGAAGGACAUCGACACGACAACGGCCUUAUACUGUAUUGAAGGGAGAAUAGAAAAAUACACCAACUGUAGAAAUUGCGGGAAAGAAAAGAAGUAGGACACAUGAGCGGAGCGCUCAAACCACCCAUACAACACCACUUUGAUAAUGAUAAUAUUAUUUAUAAUGAUGUGCAGCCGAUUUCGUUUUCCGUUUCUUCUUUUGCACUCUCUGACCAUUUCCCGUCUCUGCGGUUAGCUGUUGCCUCGUAUUCUGUGAUCUGAAGAAUUGUUAUAAUGACUAUUUUAAACUGAAUUUUCUGCAAUUGUGCAAAUGUUUUGUGUUCAAAAAUAUAUUUAAAAAGCGAUGUUUCAAUUGUUUUCUGUUUUAAAAAAACAACAUAAGCUCGGUUUGAUACGAAUGUGCUUGUAAACUUUUGUGAUUAUGGCUUAUUUCCUGAAUACACUUGGAUGAAAUAUU